GUUAUGGGAGGGGCUUGUGCGAAGGGUGAAUUGGUUCGGUCAGCUGAUCGGGUAGCGCUGGCUGUGGGGUAAAUAAGGGCCAUUUAACGCAAGUACUGCAGUGCUGAGACAUGCGCCACUGAUCCUGCAUCGUACAGUGUUCUCUGUUCACGAAGCUUUCUAGCAUCUGACAGUCGAUGCCCCUGACUACUGCACAAUGGCACAUGACUACCAUAUCUUUAAGUCAAGAAGCCAUCAACUUUCCACUACGCUGGGGCCUUCCACAUGUGAACGAUACCAGAGAGGAAGCUAAUUGCCAGGAAGUGGGGAAGUUGAAUUCUUCCCUCCGCUGUGAGUUUAUCAGGAACACAUCAGAUUGCAGUAACAACAAUGGCUACGUUGACUACUUGGAUGGAGCCUUCUGCAGCUUUCCUCCUCCACUGCUUCCCAUGGCUAUCUUCCUAUAUGCGCUAUGGCUACUCUACCUCUUUAUAAUUCUUGCAGUGACUGCAGAGAAAUUCUUUUGUCCAAAUUUGUCUGCAAUCUCUCGAACACUCAGGCUAUCCCAUAAUGUAGCUGGUGUCACAUUCCUGGCUUUUGGAAAUGGUGCCCCUGAUGUAUUCAGUGCUGUGGCUGCUUUCUCUGACUCCAGAACGGCUGGGUUAGCCAUAGGUGCACUUUUUGGUGCUGGUGUGUUUGUUACCACUGUGGUCGCUGGAGGCAUUGCACUGGUGAAACCAUUUACAGCUGCUUCACGUCCCUUCCUGAGAGACAUUGUGUUUUAUAUGGUCGCCAUUUUCCUUACAUUUUAUGUGCUCUAUCGAGGUUAUGUGAGUUUGCCAGAUGUUUUGGUGUACUUGUUGCUCUACUUUGCUUAUGUCCUUGUGGUUGUUCUGUCCACCUGGGUCUAUCGGAGAAUGCGUCAUCAGCUAUCGUCAGGCCCCAUCUUAGAUGAACCAGAGCUUCUGACAGACACAGAAGAAGACUCAAUCCCUACCCCUCAUGGCUCAGAGUAUGGAGAUGAGUAUCGGCCAUUAUUGCCGCUGCAGCACACUACAUGGCAGAUAAUGUGGCACGGGAUCAAUCCGGUGGACGCAAGGAAGUGGAGACAAAAACGCUGGCCCUGGAAAAUUUUGAAAUUAUUUAAGGUUCCUAUAGAGAUUCUGCUGCUGCUCUGUGUGCCAGUUGUGGACCCAGAUAGAGAAGAUCGCAACUGGCAGAGACCUCUAAAUUGUCUACAUGUCAUCACUAGUCCACUUCUCUGUUUACUUUGUCUGCAGUCAGGAACGUAUGCAAGUUAUCUUAUUCAAGGAGUGCUUCCAGUGUGGGGUGUUUUUCUGCUCAUUGGAAUUCCUUUGUCACUUAUCAUUUUCUUUACCACCAAGAAUGGAGAGCCGCCAAAAUAUCACUGUAUAUUUUCCUUUAUGGGAUUUAUUACAAGUGCACUUUGGAUAAGUACUGCAGCAACUGAAAUUGUUAACCUUUUGCGCACCUUUGGAGUUGUUUUCUGCCUCAGUAAUACAGUUUUAGGUCUAACUUUGCUUGCCUGGGGAAAUAGUAUUGGAGAUUUUGUAUCGGACCUCACGCUGGCUCGCCAGGGAUAUCCACGUAUGGCAUUCUCUGCCUGCUUUGGAGGGAUCAUCUUCAAUGUGCUCAUUGGAGUUGGUUUGGGUUGUCUCUUACAGAUGGGUCGAUCCAAUACGGAGUUACAGCUUGAAGCACAAAGUCUUUUGGUGUGGGUCCUGGCUGGAGGUCUUGGAGUCAGUCUGGUUUUUUCGCUAAUAGCAGUACCCCUACAAUGUUUUCAUCUACGAAGAGGAUAUGGGAUUGCUUUACUCUUCCUCUAUGUGCUUUUUCUGGUUGUUGCACUUCUAACUGAAUUUGGAAUCAUCAAACUAGAGAACUCUUGACACUGCCAAAAAGGACUCCUGGACUAACAUACAAAAUAGAAUACAACCUGGAACCCUUCUUUCACCUCUAUUACAAGUCACCCUAACCCUUAAUGGCUGCAUAAUUGUCUCAGGAUAUUUUUGGGAUUUUAUUUUAUUUUUUUAAGCAUGAAAUCAAGAUGUUUUUACUAUUUUUUGUUAUUUAAAGGGGGGAAAACAGUAUCAGUUGUGUUUUUUAAACAAUUGUGAAAAAUUGAUAUCAUGGAGUGGUAUUUUUUUUAUUCCUGUUGUGUUAACAUAAGAUUGUUGCACCUGCAUGGGAUAACCAAUACAAAUGUCUUCAGCUACUAUGUGAGGCACUGAGUAUAUUUUAUAUAGGUAUUUCUAUUUUAAAUAAAGCUGGUCCUUGUAUAAAUUAUUCAGCAUUAUAGUGCUAUAUAACUGUUAUAUGGUGGAUACCACUGUGCUGCUGAGCAGUGGGGAAUGGGCAGGAACUGGGCAGUGUUGAAACAGCAGCAGCAAGGGAUCAGCAACAGAUGAGUAAAGGCUUUUUUACUAUUUCUUUUUACCCUUGCCUGACCACUGUAAAAAUAAAGUUUUAUGUAUGAACAACCUCUUUCAACUGUCAAUUACUUUUCACCUUGGUUCAGUUCUAGGGAAUGUAAAAAUGAUCCUGCGGUGGUGUGCAUUUGUGACUGCUAAUGUGUUCUGACAGGAGACUUGAUACCCUGUUCUUGAGAUCUCAAGAACUGGGGUCCUGAGAUCUUGAGAACAUGUUCCAGAGUCUUCCUAUAGACAGGAGAUAAAGUCUUGCAUGGGUACUGUCACAUCCAAAAAGUUUGUAUAUGUUGUUACUGAUGAAAAUUAAAGACAUUUUGUAAUAUUGUUGUUUAAACAAUUUUGAGCAUUUAAGAAAAAUGGCUCCUGAAAAUCCCACCACUAGGGGUCCCCAUACUUACUGGGUCACUAACUAGUCCUGCAGCAACAUCAGGCUUAUCCAUGAGUCAUGGACAAGAGAUGACUCCUGGAUAAGGCUGCAUGAGCAGACACACCAAUCACCUCCCACCACCACAAGUGAGGGACACGCCCCCUUCCACCACACACCAAUCACCUCCCAAUGCAAGUCUAUGGGAGGGAGUGUGACGACAGUCACGCCCCCCCCCCCCCAUAGACUUGCGUUGAGGGGGCAUGGCCGUGACAUCACCAGGGGCGUGGCCGAUCCCCGCAGCACGAAAACAGCAUUCGGAUUCUGAAUGCAGGCUAGUGCAGUACCCCUUUAAAACACAUGAAUUCCCCCUUUCUCCAUGAAUGCUCAACUGAGAUAAGUGUUCAUGUGUAAGCAGGGACAUCUUUCAUGUGUAGUGUUCUCUACAAUUAUGUGUAUUAACUGUAUCCAAACUCACCAAUUUGUAUGUUCUUC